GACUGAAGAAGAAGAAAGAAAGAAAGAAAUUGCAGUCAGGACAGGUUUGUGUUGACACAGCUGUUCUGUAUAUCAGCGUUCAGUUGGUAGAUUAUUAGGGCUGUGCUUUUCUUACACGGCCAGGAAUGGCAACCGUGACUAAGGAUGACAGAUUAACAAGUUCUCAAAGUUUUCUCUGCGUCGGGUUUGCAGGAAUUUUUAGUAAAACCGUUACAUCGCCUCUGGAAGUGGUGAAGAUUUUGAGUCAAGUGGGGACUUUUCACUGCAAGUGUGGCUUUAUGCGCAGUUUUCUGCUUAUUUAUCAGCGUGAAGGUGUACAGGCGUUUUGGAAAGGAAAUGCUGUUUCCUGUCUGCGGUUGUUCCCCUACAGUGCGAUACAUUUAGGAACCUACAAAACAAUCAUCCACCUCUAUAUGGACGAGCUUGGUCGCAUUUCUCAGUGGAAGGCCAUAGUGACUGGUGGUCUAGCAGGUGUAUCUGCUGCUCUGCUUACAUAUCCCUUAGAGGUAGUUGAAACCAGACUGAUUGCCCAGAACUGCAGAGAAUCCACGUAUCGGGGUGUGCUGCACACUCUUUCCAGCAUAAACCGACAUGAGGGGUUCCUUGCUCUCUAUCGUGGCUUUUCUCUCACUAUAUUAGGUGCAGUUCCCUUCUCAUUUGGCUGCUAUGUAGUUUUUAUUAACUUGGACAAGUUGUGGCAGGAGCACCACUUCCGUUUCACCUCUUUGCAGAACUUUAUCAAUGGCUGUCUUGCUGCAGGAGUGGCUCAGACUCUCUCUUUCCCUUUUGAGACAAUUAAAAGGAAAAUGCAGGCUCAGAGUCCUCUUCUGCCACACUGUGGAGGAGUUGAUGUCCAUUUUACUGGAAUGGUGGACUGCUUCAAGCAGGUUGUCAAAACCAAGGGUGUCUUGUCUUUGUGGAGUGGCAUUACAGCCAACAUGCUCAAGAUCAUCCCUUACUAUGGCCUGCUCUUCAGCUGCUUUGAGAUGUGUAAGCAAUUCUGGCUUUACCAAAAUGGUUACACCAUGUCUCCAUUGAGCUACAAGCUCAAACCAGGAGUGGACCAAAGCCUGGGCCCUCAAGAACUGCAGGAGUUUAAGCGCCACCUGAGAAACCGACAAAUCCAGGCCCAAAGUUCUUCAAUGGGAAAUCGGUGGGAAACUUAACCAUAUUAUAAGCAAAUACUGUACAUAAUAAGCGGAAAAAACAUGUAAAGACUAGGUAGGAGUUUGUUAGAACACUUUCUCUAGUGUUGUCACUUCUGCUAAAAACCAUAUGGCCACUUAAGUAUACUUAGUUAAUGGAUUAAUACACUUGAAUUCACUUGAGCACUUCUGUUAAUACAUGCAAGAAUGGACAUUUUGCUUCUAAAGGGCACCUUACGACAGUUUUUACUUGUUAGUAUGACAUUGCACAACUUGCACACAAUGGUAUGCAUAAAGUGUUCAGUAUUGUCGAAGCUGGGUAACCAUUACAAGUAUUUGGUAAACGGUAUGGACAUUUCUACUGUGAGAACUGAUCUUAUGCUACCUGAAUUUAGAAGACCUUGUACAUCGUCUGUAACAGUACUCACUGUUAAGAAAUGUAUUACACCCACUUACUGUGUUUAUCAAGCCAUUUUAAGGAUUUUAUACCAUGAAUAACUGAAACACAACCAAUACAGCUUUGACCAUAUUAAUAUUGUAUCAAUAUUACUGUGGUUGUAAAAUUAUUUUUUUUUAUAAAUUAAGGGCCUCUCAUGAUGGACUAUUUCAGUGCCUUCAAAUAAUUCAUGAAUAUAAUGGCUUUGUCAUCUCUAAAUGUACUCCUUUGUGCUAAUUUUUUUUUAAUGUUUUAUGUACUAUAAUGAACAGUUUCAAAGGAAGACUUUGACUCUUUUAUAUGAUAAACUCAUCUUUGUCCUCAGCUGAGUGGUAGUUUUGCUUUUGCAACUUGUUAAUGUUUCAUAACUAUAUAGUGAACACCUUUUUCAUAGAGUUUAGAGGUUGACCAUCUCUCCAAGUUUAAUGUUACCCAAAGACAUCCAAUAUAUUAACUGAUGACAACUUAGUUUAGCUAGAGCACUGUUUCUCAGUGUGGUCUGCGAGUUGAUGUAAAAGAUCACGUUUUCAGUGUUUUCUCAAAUCACCUAUGUGACUCCAAACACAAAGUUAUGAGUAGCACAGAUGAGUUGUUUUCUAUAUUAAAUAAAGUCCUGUGUAAAUUCAAAUAGGAGCCUAUUUGAAUUUGUCUGACAUUUUGCAACACUGCCUAUAGUUACAUCAGUUUAGGUUACACUUUCAUAUCAACAUUACCUUUGAAUGUGGAGGGAAUGUGGAAUGCUGAGAAACAAGUAACCAAAUUAGGCUUGGCAUUAAACUGUCAAAGAUAAUGGAGCGGUAGCUGAAGACCAAAGUCAGUCAAAAGAAAAGUACAAGAAACAUCCGACACAAGCAAGGACAUGAUUCUUUGGUUGAGAAAACAAAGUAGUGCAACUAGAUCAAUGUGGCCCCUAAUGAGAUUAAAACAGUCCCAUGUGGAGCCAGAUAUUGCUUCACUGAUGCAUCAGACUAAGCAGUACCAUUCUUCCCAUUAAGAGGACGACAACAAUGAGUGAGUUGGGGAUAUUAUUUGUAAAACUAUAAUUUCAUUGGUGUGUAAUUUGUAAUAUAUUGUUGAAGUAGGCUCAUUUUUGUUUGGGAUAUUUAGGGGGUUAGGUGGUCUGCAAAGUGUGUGUAUGUAUGUUAUAUAUAAAAAAUUUAUAAAGUAAUGGAUAAAGUGGU